AUGCCUCCCGCUCCAACCCUCACCCAAGUGCAAUCUCUCUACUCGUCCUUUCAAACCGUUUCAUCCCGAUUCACCUCUUACAAUUUCCACAACUAUUUCCUCCGACGUACCCAUCUCACUUUCAAGCCCGUCUUAGAGAAUUUAUCACCUACUCCUGGAUCCGCAACACAAGCUAAACAGAUCGACCCAUCGGAAUUGUCAAAAUGGUUUGAAGAACAACAGAAGGAGUUAGAAGUCAUUAAGAGAGCAGCCGAAGUGAAUAGGAUGUAUCAAGGUCCAAAACUAGUAGUGGAACAUGCCACACCUAUAACUGCUGGUGGUGGAUCAGGAGCCGAAGCGAGUCCUUAA